AUGUCGACAUACCUUGUUCCCGACCAAAAUACUUGCUACCACCCCGAAUUUACCACUACCGAAAAUAACCAAAACCAAACAACAGAUCAACAACAACAAGAUGCAGCUACUUACAAAAAACUUCAUGAAAACCUUGUUAAAACUCUCCCCAAAAACAAAGGUUGGAGAAGCGAAACCAUUUUUCUCUAUAAAGAAUUCUGGUUAAGCUCCGAGGUCCUCAAAGGCUUGUUAUUAAUCAACAACUACUUCACUCCAAAACCGACCGAUAUCUUUCUUGCUGCUUUCAUGAAAUGUGGUACCACUUGGCUCAAAGCUCUCAUGUUUUCCAUCGUUAACCGCCAUCGUUACAAAGUCAUGUCUGACCACCCUCUCCUCGGAACCGGGCCUCAAAGUGCUUUUCCUUUCCUUGACACCCAUAUUUACCUCGACCACCCUGUCACAAACUUUGAUCACCUCCCUAGUCCUAGACUUUUCGCCACGCACUACGCUCAUGAUCUAUUACCUACGUCAAUAAUCACAUCCCAUAAUAUUGCAAAUCCUUGCAAGAUUGUGUACGUGUGUAGAGAUCCAAAAGACGCCUUUAUUUCAAAAUGGCAUUUCAUGUGUAAACUUAGGUCAAAAGAAUUGCCACCAUUGUCUUUUAAUGAAGCUUAUGAGCUCUUUUGCAAGGGGGUUUCAGAGUAUGGACCGUUUUGGGAGCAUGUUUUAGGAUACUGGAAAGCAAGCCAAGCUUCACCCGACAAAGUUUUGUUUUUCAAGUAUGAAGAUAUGAAAAGAGAACCGGUAAAUGAGGUGAAGAAGUUGGCGGCCUUCAUGGGAGUUCCUUUUACGGCGACGGAAGAGGAAAAUGGAGUGGUGGAAGAGAUUGUGAAGUUGUGUAGUUUUGAGAAUUUGAGUAGAUUGGAGGUGAAUAAGAGUGGCGGUGGUGGACAGAGAUUUACGGAGAAGAUGGUGGUGGAGAACCAGAGUUUUUUUAGGAAAGGGAAGGUCGGAGAUUGGGAGAAUUACUUGACGGAAGAGAUGAAAGACCGGAUUGAUUCCAUCACCCAAAACAAAUUCAAGGAUUUAGGUCUACUAGCAUUAUUUCAAUAA